AGACUCAAUUAGUAUAGCAGUUAACAAAAAAUGGUUUUCGAUUUCGGUAAAGACGACGACGACAAGAACAAGGAUUACUCUUCUUCCGGAAGAAGAAAUGACUUAGACGACUCCAACAUUGACUCUUUUGGUUCUUCCAAUGAUGACUCCUAUGGUUCUUCCAGAAAGGGCGAUUCAUAUGGUUCUUCCAACAGAGAUGAUUCCUACGGUUCUUCCAACAGAGACGACUCUUAUGGUUCCUCCAACAGAGAUGACUCUUAUGGUUCUUCCAACUUGGGUUCCAACUUAGGUUCCAAAUUGGACUCCUCCAUUGACUCUGCAAGAGACACGUUUGGUUCUUCUAGAGGUAAGGAUUCCUACGGUGAUGACAAUGACUUCUCCGGUUCUAGACAACAAGGUGGAAACCAAGACUACGGUAACAAUGACGACUCUUGGCAAUCUUCCGGUAACAGAAGAAGAGAUGAUGACAACUACUAGUUAGUUUGUAUCUUUUUCUCUAUUCAAUUCGGUUAUCUUAUGCUUUUAAUUUAGUAGUUUUUAUAUCUGUUUAGUGCUACUGAAUAUAACGUAUUGUAUGC